UGUGGGGCUUUUCUCUAUCCACCUUCUUUUUGUAUAAUUGGCCGUCUGACUGCUUUCUUUCCUCUUUUCCACUUGCUGAGAUCAAGUGCUGAGGAAGAGGGAGCAGCUGGGAGUCUCGCUGGCUGGGGAGGACCCUGAUCCGACUGGAGGAGGCAAAUGAGAACAUCAGAAGGAAUCUGAACUUUUUACAGGACUAAUAAUUACUUUAUUUCUAAUGAUUUUACAGACUUGCUGACUGGACUCUAGUGGGCACAAUGAGGGCACAACACAACCUGCAUACGGCGGUCUUCCUGUCACUCCUAGCGGUGACCAUCUUUCUAUCCAGUCUUGGGCAGAGUCAAGUGACCCCACCGACAAAACUAAGGUUCCAUGUUGUAUCACAGGACAGUGUUCAGAUUUCAUGGAAAACGUCCAAAGAUAAAAUAAAAGGAUAUAAGCUGCUUGUAACACCCAAAUCAGGUGGGAAAACCAACCAACUAAAUCUUCAAAACACUGCGACCAGAGCCAUCAUCCAGAGACUCGAUCCUGACCGCAGUUACGCCGUACAGGUCAUCGCAUUUAAUGAAGACGAUGAAAGCAAGCCAGUUCGGGGAGAGUUUAAAAUUAAGGAUCUGGAGAAGAAGAAAAAACCCAGCGCAAACCGUAAGGUGGAGAGCGAGAACAUAGUACUGGCGGAAGAUGUUAAGUUUUCUUGUAAAACUCCAGCAAAUGCCGACAUAGUGAUCCUGGUAGACGGCUCUUGGAGUAUUGGAAGACUCAAUUUCAGACUUGUGCGACUCUUCAUAGAGAAUCUAGUCGGCGCUUUUAAUGUCGCCACCGAUAAAACAAGAAUAGGCUUGGCGCAGUACAGUGGAGAUCCCAGAAUAGAGUGGCACCUGAAUGCUUAUGACACCAAGGAAUCCGUGAUAGACGCAGUACGAAAUCUUCCCUACAAAGGCGGAAAUACACUCACAGGGCUUGCCUUAACUUACAUCCUGGAAAAUAGUUUUAAACCAGAAGCAGGAGCGAGACCAGAUCUUCCAAAAAUUGGUAUUUUGAUUACGGAUGGAAAAUCCCAGGAUGACGUUAUUCCACCAGCCAAAAGUCUCAAGGAUGCCGGGAUUGAGCUAUUUGCAAUUGGUGUGAAAAACGCUGACCUUAAUGAGCUGAAGGAGAUUGCCUCGGAGCCCGACAGCGACCAUGUUUACAAUGUUGCAGACUUCAACAUCAUGAACUCCAUCGUGGAGUCCCUUACGAAAACUGUGUGCGAGAGAGUGGAGGACAUUGACAUAACUAUCAAAGGGGACAUAGUUGAGGAGGUUGGAUCUCCGUCUGAAUUAGUCACAUCGGAGGUAACAGCCAGAGGGUUCCGCGUCAGCUGGACACACGCCCCAGGAAAGGUUGAGAAAUACCGCGUGGUAUAUUAUCCAACCAAAGGAGGGCAGCCAGAAGAGGUGAUAGUGGAUGGAAGUGUCUCCACCACGGUGCUGAAGAACUUGAUGUCGCUGACGGAAUACCAGAUAGCGGUGUUCGCUGUGUAUACUAGAAGUACAACGGACGGCUUGCGUGGCGCUGAAACUACCUUGGCGUUACCGAUGGCGACUGAUCUAGAGCUUUAUGAUGUCACCCACCGCAGUAUGAGAGCCAAAUGGAUAGGAGUGGCAGGUGCAACUGGUUAUAUGAUCCUCUAUGCUCCUCUCACCGAGGGGUUGUCGGCAGAUGAGAAAGAGACGAAGGUUCCUGGGUCGUUGACAGAUGUAGAGCUGGAUGAGCUGACUCCCAGUACAGAAUACACAGUUACGGUCUAUGCCAUGUUCGGGGAAGAGGCCAGUGAUCCCCUCACAGGACAAGAAACAACAUUGCCGCUAACCCCACCUAGAGAUCUCAGCUUUUCAAACAUCGGCCACAGCACGGCCACCGUCACAUGGGACCACUCACACAAAAACGUCAAUGGCUACCGGAUCAUGUACGUGAAAACCGGAGGGUCUGACAUCAAUGACGUGGAAGUGGGUAGAGUUACGACCUACAACUUAAAAAAGUUAGCGUCGCUGACUGAGUACACGGUGGCCAUAUUCUCUGUGUUUGACGAAGGACAAUCGGAGCCUCUCACCGGCACUUUCACUACAAACCCAGUCCCAGCUCCCCGUGACCUGGAGGUCAGAGAUAUAACCACAAACAGCUUCAGAGCUUACUGGAAACAGUUUGCAUCAGACAUAGUCAUGUACAAACUGCAAUGGAUCCCAACCAGCGGCGGCAGCACCCAGGAGGUUCUCCUGAAAGGGAAUCUCAACUCCCAUCUUAUUGAGGGUUUGCAACACGCCACGGAAUAUGAAGUCUCUCUGUCGGCCAUCUUUGCUGAUGAGGCAGAAAGCGAUACUCUUUCAGCUUUGGCAACAACCUUGACGCGGACCACAAGGGCCCCAACGACUGCAAGACCCACGAUGGCAGUUAUCCGCCUGGGCAUUAGAAAUCUGCGCAUAAGCGAUGAGACCACGUCUAGCCUUCGGGUGUCCUGGCAGAUGUCCGAUGCCAAUAUUCGGCAGUACAUCGUGUCCUAUAUCACUGCGUAUGGCGAUCGGGAGGAGGUGAAAGUUGUGUCCAACAGGGAUAAUGACCUUGUGCUACAGUCUCUGCUGUCGGACACAGAGUACAAAGUCACCGUGACCCCUGUGUAUUUCAACGAGGAAGGGAACGGGGUAUCCGCAUCUGGGAGAACAUUGCCGCUGUCUGCGCCAAGGAACCUGCGUGUAUCUGAUGAAUGGUAUAAUAAGCUACGGGUUACGUGGGACCCCCCUCCAUCCCCCACAAUGGGAUACAGAAUUGUGUACAAACCUACAGCAGGAGCAAGUGCAGCGCUGGAGACCUUUGUGGGAGAUGAUGUGAACACCAUACUAAUUCUGAACCUUCUCAGCGGCACUGAGUACAACCUAAGGGUUCUGGCAUCCUAUUCAACUGGAUUCAGCGAUGCAUUAACUGGAGUCGGCAAAACAUUGUAUCUGGGAGUGACAAAUCUGAACGCCUAUCAGAUUCGGAUGACCAGCAUUUGUUCUCAGUGGCAACAGCAGAGACACGCAAGCAGCUAUAGGAUCAUCAUAGAGUCCCUGCAAGAUGGCUCCAAACAAGAAGCCCUCCUCCCUUCUGGGACGUCUCGCCACUGCUUCUACGAACUCAUGCCCAACUCUAGAUACAGGAUCACCGUCUACGCCCAGAUGCAAGAGGCGGAAGGACCUGGCGUCAGCAUUAUGGAAACAACAUUGCCGGUUCCGACUGCAGCACCAACCCGCCCACCUCCAGCAACCCCACCGCCAACCAUCCCUGUGGCUAGAGAAGUGUGCAAAUCAGCUAAGGCAGACCUGGUGUUUCUUGUGGACGGGUCCUGGAGUAUCGGAGAUGACAACUUUCACAAAGUCACCCGUUUCCUAUACAGCACGGCAGGAGCCCUGGAUGAGAUUGGUCCUGAUGGCACACAAGUUGCAAUUGCCCAAUACAGUGAUGACGCAAGGUCGGAAUUUAAGCUAAACUCGUAUAAGAGCAAGGAGACCCUUCUGGCUGCAAUACGGAGUAUAUCAUACAAAGGAGGGAACACCAAAACAGGCCGGGCACUGAAGCAUGUUAAAGAUGACUUAUUUACCCUGGAAUCGGGCAUGAGGAGAGGCGUCCCAAGGGUGUUGGUGGUGAUUACCGACGGGCGUUCCCAGGAUGAAGCAGUCAAGACCGCCACUGUGCUGCAGUUGGAAGGCGUCAGCAUCUUUGCUAUUGGAGUGGCGGACGCUGACUACAACGAGCUCGUGAACAUCGGCAGCAAGCCCAGCAAGAGACACGUCAUCUUUGUCGAUGACUUUGAUUCUUUCAAGAAAAUAGAAGAUGAACUGAUCACUUUUGUCUGCGAGACGGCGACAGCAACUUGUCCCUGGGUAUACAUACAAGGCAACAGUGUAUCAGGGUUUAAGAUGAUGGAAAUGUUCGGCUUGGUGGAGAAGGAAUAUGCGGCCAUGGAUGGGGUCUCUAUGGAACCUGGGAGCUUCAAUAACUUUCCAUGUUACAGGAUACACAAAGACGCACUGGUGUCGCAGCCCACCAAAUAUGUUCACCCGGAGGGUCUCCCCACAGAUUACACCGUGUCAUUCCUUUUCCGAAUCCUUCCCGACACUCCCAAGGAACCAUUUGCACUCUGGGAAAUCCUCAAUAAAGAAUAUGAACCAUUGGUUGGCGUAAUACUCGACAAUAAUGGGAAGACGCUGACUUAUUUCAAUUAUGACUACAAGGCGCAGUUUCAAACAAUUACAUUUGAAGGGCCAGAGGUUAAGAAGAUCUAUCACGGCAGCUUUCACAAGAUACACAUAAUUAUUACCAAGACGACUGUUAAGCUAAUUAUCGAUUGCAAACUAGUAGCGGAAAAGCCAAUAAACGCAGCGGGGAAUAUCACAGUCGACGGUUUGGAAGUGCUGGGAAGGAUGGUCCGUUCCCGAGGUCCGAAAGACAGCUCUGCUCCUUUCCAGCUUCAGAUGUUCGACAUCGUUUGUACGUCUACUUGGGCCAGUCGGGAUAAGUGCUGUGAGCUUCCAGCUCUGAGAGAUGAAGCAACCUGCCCCCCUCUCCCAAAUUCCUGCUCGUGCACUGAGCAGAGUACAGGCGUCCCCGGACCCCCAGGACCUUCGGGUGGCGCCGGUAUGAGGGGACUCAAAGGAUCACAAGGAGAAACAGGUCCAGCUGGUUCAGAAGGAUCUCAAGGUCCAAUAGGCCCAGCGGGAAUCCAAGGGCCACCCGGACCACAAGGGCCAAGCGGUCAUUCCAUUCAAGGACCACCUGGUACACCAGGACCAAAAGGAGAUAAGGGAGAAGUCGGUAUCCAAGGCAAUCAGGGAGUUCCCGGCCCAUCCGGCCCUCCAGGACCAGAAGGAGUGUCAGGACCAAGGGGGCUACCAGGAAAAGAUGGCAGCAGCGGCCCUCCCGGACCACCUGGGCAAAUGGGUACACCGGGUAACCCAGGAGUUCAGGGUAAUCCAGGCAGCCAAGGAAUGCGGGGAGAUGGUGGACCUGCGGGGCAGCCAGGUGUAAAAGGGGAAAGAGGAGAAAGAGGUGACACACAGUCACAGAAUAUGGUGCGGAUUAUUGCUCGGCAGGUGUGUGAGCAGCUCAUCCAGGGCCACAUGGCCAGGUUUAAUUCACUCCUAAACCAAAUACCAAGCGAGUCUUCAUCAGUCAGAAGUAUUGCCGGGCCCCCAGGAGAACCUGGCCGGCAAGGACCUCCAGGCCGCCCAGGGGAACAGGGAUCCUCCGGGAUUUCAGGAUUUCCCGGCAGUCCCGGCCAACCGGGAACACCAGGAGAAAGAGGUCCAGCUGGUGAAAAAGGCGAGAGAGGCAAUCCUGGUGUGGGAACUCAAGGUCCUAGGGGUACUCAGGGACCCCAAGGUCCUCCGGGUGAAGGACGGACUGGAAGCCAAGGCUCAGUUGGGCCACCCGGUCAACGUGGUCUUCCCGGACCACCAGGAAAUACCGGUUCUUUGGGACCUCCUGGUCCGCCAGGUUAUUGUGAUGCAUCCUCAUGCGCUGGAUAUGGCUUAAUACCUUACAAUGACUACCGGCGUUGAAGAGCGCGUCCGAUUGUGGUACAACCUGUCCUGCCUACUGGUUCAAAGUCAUCAAUGGGAAAUAAAUUCAGUAUGACUAAUA